AUGGAUGGUGGCGGGUCAUCUGGUGACGGUGCCGUCAUGGGAUACGAUGGCGGACCACCGGAUGAUGGUGCUGCCACAAGAGGUGGUGGCAGGCCAUCGAAUGAUGGUGCUAGUUCAAGAGACAGUGGCAGGCCAUCAGAUGAUCGCACUGCUUCAAGAGAUGGUGGCGGGCUGCCGGAGGGUGGCGUUGCUUCAAGAGAUAGUGGUGGGCUACCGGAGGAUGGCACUGCUGAAGUGUUGGUUGCUUCCAAUGACGUCAUCGGGUGUAUCGGGCUAUGUGGUGGCUCCGAUGGCUCACCCGUCGUCUUCUUCAUCAAGUGUGGUUAG